GACUGGGCACGCUCACUCAGUCGAAGAAGUAGCCGCACGGCAACUGCUACAAAGACAGAGCUUCCUGCGCUAUUUCUCCUGCCUUUUGUCUCAGGAGCUGAGCACUCACAAUAUCAGUAGAGCUUUAUUUCAAAAUGAAACGAGUUUGGGUGGUAGGGCUGCUUUUCACACUUCUGGCCUUCGCUGCUGUAAGGGCCGAGGAUGAAGUGGAUGUGGAUGGCACAGUUGAGGACGACCUGGGAAAGAGCAGAGAUGGCUCCAGAACAGACGAUGAGGUGGUGCAGAGGGAGGAGGAGGCUAUCCAGCUGGAUGGUUUGAAUGCUUCUCAGAUUAAGGAACUCAGGGAAAAGUCUGAAAAACACGCUUUUCAGGCAGAAGUCAAUCGUAUGAUGAAGCUCAUUAUCAACUCUCUCUACAAGAACAAGGAGAUCUUCCUCAGGGAGUUGAUUUCUAAUGCCUCCGACGCUCUGGAUAAGAUCCGGCUGUUGUCUCUUACUGAUGAAUCAGCAUUGGCAGCAAAUGAAGAGCUCACCAUCAAAAUUAAAUCUGAUAAGGAGAAGAACAUGCUCCACAUCACUGACACCGGUAUCGGAAUGACCAAAGACGAGUUGGUGAGAAACUUGGGCACCAUUGCCAAGUCGGGCACCAGCGAGUUCCUCAACAAGAUGACGGAGAUGCAGUCUGAAGGGCAGUCUACGUCCGAGCUGAUUGGCCAGUUCGGAGUGGGUUUCUAUUCUGCUUUCCUGGUUGCUGACAAGGUUAUUGUCACAUCCAAGCACAACAACGACACACAGCACAUCUGGGAGUCAGACUCCAACCAGUUCUCAGUCAUCGAGGAUCCCCGUGAGGACACACUGGGAAGGGGAACAACCAUUACACUGGUCCUGAAGGAGGAGGCUUCAGACUACCUUGAACUAGAAACUAUCAAGAAUCUUGUGAAGAAAUACUCCCAGUUCAUCAACUUUCCCAUCUACGUUUGGGCUAGCAAGACUGAGACGGUUGAAGAGCCCAUCGACGAUGACGCUGAGGCAGAUGAACCAGAGAAGGAGGCUUCUGAAGAUGAGGCUGAAGUAGAGGAAGAGGAGGAGGAUAAAGACAAGCCAAAGACUAAGAAGGUUGAGAAGACAGUUUGGGACUGGGAACUGAUGAAUGACAUCAAGCCAAUCUGGCAGAGACCAGCCAAGGAGGUUGAAGAGGACGAAUACAAGGCCUUCUACAAGACCUUCUCGAAGGACAGUGACGACCCCCUGGCUCACAUCCACUUCACUGCUGAAGGAGAAGUUACUUUCAAGUCCAUCCUGUUCAUCCCCACGUCGGCUCCACGUGGCCUCUUUGACGAGUAUGGCUCAAAGAAGAACGACUAUAUAAAGCUGUUUGUCAGGAGAGUUUUUAUCACGGACGACUUCAACGACAUGAUGCCCAAAUACCUGAACUUCGUCAAGGGAGUGGUUGACUCUGAUGACCUUCCUCUGAAUGUGUCCAGAGAAACCCUGCAGCAGCACAAACUGCUCAAGGUCAUCCGCAAGAAGCUGGUCCGUAAGACUUUGGACAUGAUCAAGAAGAUUGCAGAUGAUCAGUACAACGAAAAGUUCUGGAAGGAGUUUGGAACCAAUGUCAAACUGGGCGUCAUCGAGGACCACUCCAACAGAACCCGUCUGGCUAAACUGCUCCGCUUCCAGACGUCCAACAGCGACACAGUCCUGUCCAGCUUGGAGCAAUAUGUGGAGCGCAUGAAGGAGAAGCAGGACAAGAUUUACUUCAUGGCAGGGACCAGCAGGAAGGAGGCGGAGUCUUCUCCCUUCGUUGAGAGGCUGCUGAAGAAGGGCUACGAGGUCAUUUACCUGACGGAGCCUGUGGACGAGUACUGCAUUCAGGCGCUGCCAGAGUUUGACGGAAAACGCUUCCAGAAUGUGGCCAAAGAGGGCGUCAAGUUUGAGGAAAGUGAUAAGGCCAAGGAGAAGAGGGAGGCCCUGGAGAAGGAGUUUGAGCCUCUCACUACUUGGCUCAAGGACAAGGCCCUGAAGGACAAGAUCGAAAAGGCCGUUCUCUCUCAGAGGUUGACCAACUCGCCCUGCGCUCUGGUUGCCAGUCAGUACGGCUGGUCAGGAAACAUGGAGAGGAUCAUGAAGGCUCAGGCUUACCAGACAGGAAAAGACAUUUCCACAAAUUAUUAUGCCAGCCAGAAGAAAACACUAGAAAUCAACCCCAAACAUCCCCUUGUCAAGCAGAUGCUCAACAGAGUCAAUGCUGAUGCUGAGGACCAGACCGCAUCAGAUCUCGCAGUGGUUCUGUUUGAGACGGCAACUCUGCGCUCAGGAUACCAGCUGGCCGACACAAAAGCUUACGGAGACAGAAUAGAGCGCAUGCUCCGGCUCAGCAUGAACGUCCCUCUGGACGAACAGGCACAGGAGCCAGCAGAGGAAGAGUCUGAAGAUAAAGAUGAAGAAGUUAUAGAUGAUGAUGACGAAACGCAAACCGGUUUUGUCCACAUCCAAAGACUGAAAACAGGAAUGAGUAUAGAAAUCCCCGAGGGACUGACGGAGCUGUUACAGAGCUUUACCGUGGAAGUGUUGAGGAAUCAGCCCAGGGACCUGCUCGAGUUCGCGCUACAGUACUUCACCCGGCUGAAGGACAGCGAGACCAAAGAGGCCUCCUUUGGCAAUGACCAAAACUCGGCCCCGCGAUCUGGGAAAGCGGUCAAUUUCAUUGACGAGGCCAUGCAGAUCGAUUCGGAGAACGGGGAGGAGGAGGAGGACGACGACGACGACGAGGAAUUCAUAGCGCCAGUGAUAAACAGAUUCAUCAGAAGAGCAUCGGUGUGUGCAGAGGCGUUCAACCCUGACGAAGAUGACGAAGAUAAAGAGCCAAGGGUUACCCACCCCAAAACCGACGAGCAGAGGCAGAGACUACAGGAAGCUUGCAGGGACAUUCUUCUGUUCAAGAACUUAGAUCCAGAGCAAAUAUCUCAAGUUUUGGACGCCAUGUUUGAAAAGUUCUGCACAGAGGGAGAGCACAUCAUUGAUCAAGAUGAUGACGGGGACAACUUCUACGUCAUCGAAAGUGGGACGUUCAACAUUUUUGUAAAGAUUGAGGGCGCGGAGAAGCUGGUGGGCUCCUAUGACAACAAGGGCAGCUUUGGAGAACUGGCGCUGAUGUACAACACCCCGAGGGCGGCCACCAUAAUUGCAACCUCGCCUGGAGCCCUUUGGUGCCUGGAUCGUCUUACAUUCCGGAGGAUUAUAGUGAAGAACAACGCCAAGAAGAGGAAGAUGUACGAAGCGUUCAUUGAAACUCUGCCCCUACUCACUUCUUUAGAGGUGUCGGAGAGAAUGAAGGUGGUAGACGUGCUGUCCACCAGAGUAUACAAUGACUCACAGCAAAUUAUUGCUCAGGGUGACUUAGCGGACUGCUUUUACAUCGUUGAGAGCGGCCAAGUUAGGAUCACCAUGAAAAGGAGCCGGACAAAAAAAGACGAGGAGGAGGAAGAGGAGCUCGAUAUUGCCACGUGCACGAGGGGCCAGUAUUUUGGGGAGUUGGCUCUUGUCACAAACAAGCCCAGAGCUGCAUCGGCAUAUGCUGUGGGGAGUGUCAAAUGUUUGGUCCUGGAUGUGAAAGCGUUUGAGAGACUCCUCGGCCCUUGCAUGGACAUCAUGAAGAGGAAUAUCGCUAAUUACGAGGAGCAGCUGGUGGCCUUGUUUGGAAGUAGCGCUGAGAUUGAGCAACAGAGUGCAUAAGGCGACUCCAAUGAACCAUGAAGCAAGAGGGCGGCAGAAACAAAUAAAAAAGAAAAGAAAAAAGUUCUCACUGUGGAUGUUUUCCACAACACUAUUCAAAACAGAAGAAGAAAUGUGAAUAUCCACUACACCACAUUUGAGUGUCUUACAAUUAAGACUAAGAUACGGCCCGUGUUGGUAGAGCGUGUGACAGAAAGUCGCAACCUCGGAAGUUGCUUAAAGCCUGUUUUAUUACAUUAAUCAUGACUUACACUGUAAAGAAUAUGUGUGCAUUUUACUUGUCAGUGUCAAGUGCUUCACUUUUUCUGAAAACCGAAACACUUUGUUAUGCCUCACCCCAUUUUUUUGACAACGGUAUUCUGAUAAAAAAAAAAAAAAAAGUGUAUUAUUGCUUGUAAAUUUCUAAAUUUUACCAAUCGUAAAUAGGUCUCCAAAGCUGAUUUAUGCUUGGAUAAUCAUGGGCAGUUUUGGUGCACUACCUUUCUCAGAAGGAGAAGUCCACAUGAACUACAAUGGCAUGAAAGAGUAUUUGCCUCCUUAUGGAUUUCUGCCCAUUUUGCUUCUUUUUGUCGGAUGCAAAUGUUUUAGAUAUUGAAACAAAUUUUAAUAUCAUGCAAGGAUGGCCUGAGUAAAAACAAAAUCCAGUUUUCAAAUGGCAAUUCCAUUUACGUAGAGAAAAACGUCUCCAAACUAACUGGCUCCUAUGCAAAUAAAAAAGUAACCUCUUCCCUUGUUAAGCCUGCAUUAGCUAUGAUUAACCAUGUUUUCUUUGAAAGUACCUAAUUGCAAUCUUACUACUACCAAACGUUAGGAAAUCACAAGGCAUCGUGUCUGAAAUCACGAGAGUCGUAACACAAACAGAGAAAACUUUGAAGAAUUCAGAACUUUCAACACGUCUAACAAAAUUGCUCUAAAACUGCAUUGAGAUUUUCCUUCAGCCUUUAGCUGAGGCCUCUCUUCCCUCAGUUAAUCGUAAUGUUCAUCAUAAAAAAGAGACAGGGCAAAAAUAUCAUCCUUGAAGGUUUCCAAGGCCAAAGCCCCAUCUCUCAUUUGCCAGAAGUAUCUUAAUGAACCCAGAGACUUUUGGGAAAAUAUAUAAUGGACUGGUGAGAGAAGAGUAGGACAAUAUGGAGGGUGUAUGUCCUGUUAGAUGUGACAUAAAACUGGCACAGCAUUUUGGAAACACAGUGUUUGAAGUGUGAUGCUCUGGGGCCAGUUUGAUUCUUUAAAACCAAGAUUAUGUCCAUUACUUAAUGGAAACGUGAAUUCUGCAAAACCUUUUUAAUGUGGUUAAAUUAAAAGGAGUCUGCAACAGCCGACCAAACUUGUUCCACAGAAAUGGUGUGAUGGCAGCGGUUGUCCCAAAGGGCUUAACAAGCAGUUUAUAAGGAUUUUUGGGGGAAUUGCUUUUUCACACCAAGCCAUUUCAUUUUUGACAGCUUUAUUUUUCUUUGUAAACACGUCAUUUGAAAUCUGCCAUUUGCAUUUUACUCACGGUAUGUCUGGCGCAUCUUAAGAUUUGUUAAUCUGAAACAUUUAAGUGUGAUACGUAUAAAGGAAAGCAACAGAAGAAGAAAUGUGCAAAGUGGGUGAAUACCUUCUCACCGUGCUGCAUUUCUAAAUCUUUCAUACUGUGUUAAGAGCAGAACUGAGUUCACAUUUGUACUCGAGUACAUCUUUGUUUAUCAGCAGAUUAUAACUCUUUGAUCUGAUAAACAGUAUUUUAUUCUUCAUAAGUGUUAGUGGCUCUUUGCCGAAAUUCUCUGCUUUUACAACAAAGGCAACGUCAGAGGGAGAAAUAGCUGAUAGUUUUGUAAGAAUAUACAACACAUUGCUGUACUAUUUUGAAACUGAGUGUUAUUAUACGGUGUAGGCCCACUUCGCAUUUAAGACAUUUCUCCACUGGAUUGUAGUCAUUGUAGGCAGUGUCUUGAGACAGUUUCCUUUGCUGUGUUUUAGUGUGAGAUUUAGCCCAUAUUUUUUUGCGUAGGUAAAAUAUACAUUAUUGCUGUCUACCUCUGCCAACGACAAUUUUUGCAUAUACCUGCCGAACAGGAAUCAAAAAGGGGUCAUUUUUUUCUUCCCCCCACUAAUCUCUCUCUUUUUUAUUGUUUUCUGUAACAAAGUUUUUCUGUUUUUUUUUGUCUGCAGCUGAGUUUACAUUUAAAAAUGCUGAUCUCCAACCAUUUUAGUAGCACUUUUAUUUUAUAAGGUAAGACCACAACGUUAGCCAGAAGAAAAAAACAAAACAAAAAACAAUUAUGUGUCUCACUUUUCAUGUCAUUAAAGAACAUUUUAUA